CCAGAGAAAGAGAAGGAAGGCCAGCAAGGAUGGUGGUGAUCGGGUCCGGAUCCGCGACUGGCAGUUCACGGCUGGUAGUCAGCGCGCAGUCAGUCAGUCAUUCAGUUAGCCGGUUGUAGUCAUUCGCGGCGGUAAAAGUUCUGCUUCCCCGAUCCCAUCAUGUACCUGUCGCGCGUCCCGGCCCGCACGAGUUUCACUUGACUUGAUGCCCUUUUGACUUGAUCGAUCCCGCCGAAACGCACCACGGGCCGCCGACGGUUUUUCCACGAUUUUCCAUGGACUGGUUGAGAACCCCGCCGAGGAGAAACAGGGUUGAUCGUCGAAAGUGUGAGUGCCGUUGCAGUCGGUGUGUGUGCAUGCAAAAGAGAACCGAUCCUUUCUUCUGAGAAGUGAUAAAGUGAGAGGACGCAGCGCCCGCGACCUUCAGGAGGAUCUCGAAGAGGACCUCCGCGAAGAGGUGUCGUCCCCGCUUGGAUAAAAGCGACGUAAACGCAACCACGGAUGGUUAACGACGUAAUGAGCGAGUACGAACGUAUCAAGCGUUCGUGCUUGAAACGAGGUGAACUGUGGGAGGAUCCCGAAUUUCCAGCCACCCAAACGUCGGUCUUCUAUCACCAAACCCCGCCCUUUCAGUUCCAAUGGAAGCGACCAAAGGAAUUAUGCAACCGGCCAAUAUUUGUCAGCGACACGCCGGCCCAGUUCGACGUGAUACCCGGCAAAAUGGGCGACAAGUGGUUGGUGUCCUGCUUGGGCGUUCUCCACCUGAGCAAAGGACUGUUCUACCGGGUCGUGCCAGCUGACCAAGGGUUCGGCAGCACCGGGGAGCCGUCAGGAUCGCCGACCGCCGAAUACGCAGGCGUGUUCCGAUUCCGAUUAUGGUGGUGCGGCGCGUGGGUCGAAGUUCUCGUCGACGACAGGCUGCCGGCGAUUCACGGCCGGCUGGCUUUCGUGCAGAGUCGUCACAGCGAUCAAUUCUGGCCGGCUCUUCUGGAGAAAGCGUACGCCAAGCUCCACGGCUCCUACGAGGCGCUCAAGUAUGGCACCCUAUUGGACGGUUUGUCGGAUCUCACGGGAGGAAUCACCGAGAGCAUCGCGAUACGACAAGACCCCACCGCCUGCGGAAGGGCCCUCGCCAAGCUUCUCGAUAUGACGUCCCUAAUCACCUGUACAGUAAACAACAAUCAGCAACAGAUUCGAGCCAGCACGGAAAAACUUGCGAACGGCAUUCAAAUGGGCAUCAACUAUAGACUCUAUGCUAUCGUGAGGGUGGAGACAUUCAGCGGCGAGGCAGUCCCGUUAGUAAAAUUAAGAAAUCCUCUUGGUCCUGGUGGGGAAUACGUCGGCGCUUGGGCAAGAGGUGGCCUCGAAUGGGAUGAAAUACCGCCGAUGGAAAGGGAACGUUUAGCGGUCAGAAACAUGGCCGAAGGGGAAUUCUGGAUAUCCUACUCGGACUUCGUGAGAACGUUCACUCACCUGGAAGUCGUACAUCUUGAUGCCGAAACGUCGAGGGAUGAGCCAUCGUUGCACAGCAAACAUACUUGGCAAAUGAAACUCUAUCAAGGCAGUUGGAGGAGAGGCGUUACCGCCGGAGGAUGUCGAAACAAUCAAGAAACUUUCCACAUUAAUCCGCAGUUGCAUCUGAUACUCAGCGAGAUGGAGGAAGUAAUCGUUUCGUUGAACCAGCACUCCAUCAUGGAACCGAAGGUGAUAGGCUUCACAGCUUAUACGCUGCCUAAGAACAACACGGAAUCGAUAAAUAGAAAAUUUUUUAAGAAAAACAAGUCCCUAGUGAACUCGCAAUACACGAACAGCCGGCAGGUGAGCCACAGGUGUCAAUUGGAACAGGGUGGCUAUUUGUUAGUGCCGACUACGUUCGAGCCGACGCAGGAAACGAGUUUCACGUUGCGAGUGUAUAGCAGUAAACCGUUGGAGCUCAAACUCCUCGACACCCCGCCGUCUUUGAUGAAGUCGGCCAUUGUGAAAGCGCCGCCCUUGGAAGGUAAAGGGUUCUCGCAGUACGAAGCUGUCUUCUUACAACUUGCUGACGAACACAGAACGGUGAACGCUUUUGAGCUGCAGGAGCUCCUCGAAGCUUGUUUACCAAACGAUUACAUCAAGAGCUGCGCGUGCAUGGAAGUUUGCCGGCAAGUGGUCCUCACAAUGGACAGUUCCGGUAGCGGGCGAUUAAAAUUCAACGAUUUCAAGGAUCUCAUGUGCAGCUUGAAGUAUUGGCAGGCUGCUUUUAAGAAGCACACGAAAGAGAAGACUGGUAUACUAAAAGCUGAACGUUUACGCGACGCUUUGUUGGAAGUUGGAUUUCAACUGAACACGGAUGUGCUUUCCAUUUUAAUUCUACGAUACAUGAGAAAGGAUGGAACGCUGAGAUUCGGUGAUUUCGUUUCGGCGAUAUUGCAUUUGAGCGAUGCGUUCGGUAUAUUCGAGAGCAAGGAUCCUUUACAAAAUGGAACCAUAAAAUUAAGCUUAGCAGAGUGGCUGAGAUCGUCCUUGAUGUGUUAAAACAAUUACUCAUCGCAACGUCUGUGUACCUUGAAACAAAUAUCUGUAAAUAAUGUUUGUUAUGUCUAUGUAGACCUAAGUUUUAGCCAUAUUAACGAUUAACAAUCGAGCCCAUCGUUUUAUUGCUGUUUGUAAAAUACUAUCAUUUUUAUCUCCAUUAGCAAUCAUCAUUCCAUCAUCCGAUUAAACUUUCUAAAGUAACUAUGUAUAAUAUGUUGUUUGUAUAAGAAAUUCGUACUGCAUAAUAAAUUUACCGUUAUUUUGUACAGUCCCUUUAUCCGAGACAUAAAUACUUAUAUCUAAUUGUGUUUAAUAAAGCAAUAGAUUUUAAACUGUAACUUAUUAAUAAACUAUACACGCCUUUUUGCAAAA